GGGCUGAUUUCCAUGUAAAUCCAGGGGCGGGUGGCCGGCCCGGGUGGGAUGCGGUGACUUUGGCUUGCUGACAUCAUUGCUCAUUAACAUGCAGCAGAGGAGAGCAAUGCAACAGCAGAGCCCCGCGCCGCUCCCGCGCCGGCAAUUAUCCUCCGCGGGCUGCAUCGCUCCUCGUUAGUGCCCUGCAAAUUGGACAUCCUCUCGCCGCCUCCCAGGGUCACGAAGGGAAAGGCAGGCUGGAGGGGGGAGCUGCUGGAUCCCUUCGCACUGGGAGCAAAGAGGGAGGGACCCUCCGGAGCCGGGUUUGACGCGAAAGCUGCAGACGCGGGGCAGGAAAGGCACGUUUUUCCAGGGCGGCUUUCCUUGGGGAACGCGCCUUGGUGCUGUGUGCCUGCUCGGAAAGGCUUGCACAGAGCCCCGAGCCGGGAGCGAGGGAUGCUCUAUGGCACUGCGGUGCUCCGGCUGCUCCUGCCAGCAGCCCGCAGGCUCCGGGCACAGCUAGGACAGCUCCGGGCAUCCUUCCCUCCUGCGCGCCCAUCGCCAGUGGGAACAGGAAGAUUUGCCUUCACUGUAAGUGCUCCCAGGAAGAGCACAUUGUAACAGUUAUGCCUCUGGAGAUGGAGAAGACAGUCACGAAGCUCAUGUUUGACUUCCAGAGGAAUUCAACUUCUGACGACGACUCAGGCUGUGCUUUGGAGGAGUAUGCCUGGGUCCCCCCUGGCCUGAAGCCUGAGCAGGUGCACCAGUACUACAGCUGCCUGCCCGAGGACAAGGUUCCCUAUGUCAACAGCCCGGGAGAAAAAUCUCGCAUAAAGCAACUUCUUCACCAGCUGCCACCACAUGACAAUGAGGUUCGCUAUUGCAACUCAUUGGAUGAGGAGGAGAAGAGGGAGCUCAAACUCUUCAGCAACCAGAGGAAGAGGGAAAAUUUAGGGAGAGGCAAUGUUCGGCCAUUCCCUGUAACCAUGACAGGAGCCAUCUGUGAGCAGUGCGGCGGCCAGAUCAAUGGAGGGGACAUGGCCGUCUUCGCCUCACGAGCAGGGCACGGCGUCUGCUGGCACCCUCCCUGCUUCAUCUGCAGUGUCUGCAAUGAGCUGCUGGUUGACCUCAUCUACUUCUACCAGGAUGGGAAGAUCUACUGUGGCAGGCACCACGCCGAGUGCCUCAAGCCCCGCUGCGCCGCCUGCGAUGAGAUCAUUUUUGCCGACGAGUGCACUGAGGCCGAAGGCCGGCACUGGCACAUGAAGCAUUUCUGCUGCUUCGAGUGCGAGACGGUUCUGGGGGGGCAGCGCUACAUCAUGAAGGACGGGAGGCCCUACUGCUGCAGCUGCUUCGAGUCCCUGUACGCCGAGUACUGCGACACCUGCGCCCAGCACAUCGGCAUUGACCAAGGCCAGAUGACGUAUGACGGCCAGCACUGGCACGCCACCGAGACCUGCUUCUGCUGUGCCCAGUGCAAGAAGUCACUGCUGGGACGGCCCUUCCUGCCCAAGCAGGGCCAGAUCUUCUGCUCCAGGGCCUGCAGCAUCGGCGACGACCCCAACGGCUCCGACUCCUCCGACUCGGCUUUCCAGAGCGCGCGAGCCAAGGAAUCGCGCCGCAGUGCCAAGAUCGGCAAGAACAAGGGGAAGGGCGAGGAGGGGGCGCGCAGCCCCUGCAACCAGCUGCAGGUCACCUCCAACCGCCUCUCCACCGACGUGGACCCGCUGUCCCUGCAGAUGGAUCUGCUGAGCCUGGCCAGCCAGACACCCAGCCUCAGCAGGAACCACUUGUGGAGGAGCCGGGAUGAGCUCUAUCACUAUGGGGGCAAAAUGGAGCAAAGCCAGUCUCAAACCCCCUUGCAGCUUCUCAGCCAGUGCAACAUAAGAACCUCCUAUAACCCCACCCAGGUCCCAAGCUCGCAGUCGGAUUUAUGGGCGAAACACUUCAGCAACCAAAAGAGGAGCUCCUCAUUGGCCAUGAAGAGCCACGGUGGCAGCUUCAUCCAGGACUGCAGAGAGGACUACUACUCAGGGAGGCUGCGCUCGCAGGAGAGCUACAGUGACAUGUCCAACCAGAGCUUCCCAGAGACCAGAGGAAGUGUCAAAGUCCCCAAGUAUGAAGAGGAAGAGGAGGGUGGGAUGCCAGCGUCGCAGUGCCGCACCCGUCACCCCAUCAAUGCCCUCAAGUUCACGGAGGACCUGACGCCCACCGAGCAGACUCCCCGGGGCUCCAUGGAGUCCCUGGCACUCUCCAAUGCUACAGGCCUCUCAGCAGACGGUGGAGCCAAGCGCCAGGAGCACCUCUCCAGGUUCUCCAUGCCUGACCUGAGCAAAGACUCGGGCAUGAACGUCUCAGAGAAGAUGAGCACCAUGGGCACCCUGAACUCGUCCAUGCAGUUCCGCAGCGCCGAGUCCGUGCGCAGCCUGCUGUCGGUGCAGCAGUACCAGGACAUGGAGCCCACCCUGCACGACCUCGCCAGCCCCCUCGGCUACCAGGAGCGGCCGUCGCACGGGCGGAUGCACCAGAGCUUUGACUACGGCAGCGGCGUGCCCGGGGGCAAUCUGGGGGCGCAGGAGAUCCCCAGGCACACCCCCAUGAGCGAGCGCACACGCCGGAGAACCGUGCUCCGCGACGACGAGCGGCACUACCGCCCGCACCGGCCCCGGCGCUCGCGGCGCUCCCGCUCGGACAACGCCCUGCACCUGGCCAGCGAGCAGUGCUACCGCCUGAAGGAGAGACCCUCGCUCCGGGCCAGGGACGACUACGACCCCUUCGUGCACCAGAGGAGCUGCAGGGAGACGAUGGAGCAGGGUCCCUGCAGGGAUGUCUACGGCCACUGUCCCCGGACGGUGUCGGAUCUUGCCUUGCAGAACCACUUGGGCGAGAGAUGGGGGCCCUACUUUGCCGAAUACGACUGGUGCUCCACCUGCUCCUCCUCCUCGGAGUCCGACAACGAGGGCUAUUUCCUCGGGGAGCCGAUUCCGCAGCCCGCCCGCCUCCGGUACGUGACCAGCGAGGAGCUGCUGCACAAGUACGGCUCGUACAGCAUGCCCAAGUCUUCCACGGUGGGGGCCAGGGGACAGUUGCACAGCCGGAAAAGACAGAAGAGCAAGAACUGCACCAUAUCCUAAUGGCAUCCUUGCCAGGCACCUUGGGAGAAUGUAAAUUAACUCACGAUCUUGCACUGUUUUAGAUCAUGUAAGUGCUUUUAUUGUAACAAAAAAAAGGCCCGAAGAGUAGGGAUUUGUUAAGAAGGUUGUAGACCGGCUUCUAUAAAUAGUCAUAAUCCUGGGCACAGUGAAUAUAUUUUGCACAUCUUACUUUGGAGAUUAAAAUUUUAAAAGUUCACUUUAGCCUGUAAUAUUUACCCAGUAGUUUCUCUUCCUUCUCCCAAAUACUGCCACUCCCUUGAGCUCUGUUUGUCCAUACGUUUUGGUUGCCACUGUUGACUCUCAGCAUCAGUUUGCUGGUAGGUUUUGUUUUCCACCACAUUUUUGUUUUCCAUUAGCCAUGUUGGUAGGUGAUUUGUCUCUUGGACAGUGUGGGAGCCUAAGUUAUUUCCAUGAUUGUUGUAAAUGCGAUGUAAAUGAGAGUUUGGAGAAAAUAUUUUUGUAUUUUGUAAUAUCAGAGGAAUUUCUAUAUCUUAGGAGUCACUGGGAAAAUGCAUGCACGUUCAGAAUUGUUUUCAGUCAGAGCCAACUGAACAGUACUUUGGAACCCCCUUUCCAUUUCAUCAUCACUUAAGUUUAUCAGUGAGAGUCUGAGUUUUCAUUGGUUUUUAGGUUUUUUUUGUUUUGUUUUAACCCUUUUUUUCUGUUUAUUUGUUUUGAUCCUGGUCAAUAAACAGAAGGUUUUUUGAUUCAUUAAAUCUUGCCAAGCCUCAGUGGCAUUUUGAAGCCUAUGAUUUGCAGGUACACUCCAUCAGUCAGACACAGGAACCCCUGACAGCUGCAAAAGGGCCUUUUUUUAAAAUUAUUACUAUUACUAAAUAGGAAAGACCAGAACUACCAAAUGUCUGCAACAUUGUAAAUUACCAAAGCUGGAGAAGGAAUUUCACACCUCUGUAGAGAACGCUGAAGUUACUAAACAUUGAACUAUUAUUUGGAGUAAAUAAAGUGUAAAUGGUGCAAUUGUGUGAUGUCAGCAUGACGUUGUUUUGAAUAUAGACUUGUCUUAUGGUGCUCUAGUCUCCUGGGUUAACUGCUGUUCAUUACCAAGUGGAAGUCUCAGUAUUGCCUCCUGCCUACCACAUGAGAACACCUGCAAACUGCUCCCCGUGGGCCCCUCCUGCCUGGCAAGAUGCCCUCGGCCCUCUGGGGCUGUUUGUGGCCAGGGCUCGUCCCUGGGGGGCUCAGCCCAGCCCCUUGCUGCGGCAGAGGGCCCCUACAUAGGGCUCAGCUGUGUUGUAUUCUGGUGGAUGUGAGUUUGUUCUCUGUGUGCUUUAAUCCAUUGGGGUUCUGCCAUCCCAGCUGCAAGCCAAGGCCAGGUUGUCCCAGUGCUUCCCAAAAAGGAGCGAGUUUGCAAAAGGGGCUCUUGGCACCCAAAGCACCUGUGGGGGUUCGGAUAAGGCUGGGCUUUGAGCCACAGGAGGGCUGAGAGCUUAACCAGCUGCAUUGCCCUCGCCCCGUGUGCUGCUGGCACCCCAGGGUGCCCCUGCACCUUGAGGCCAGCCCCCCCUGCACCCUGGGAAUGGGGAUCCCUCUGCAGGGAUGGCACUGGCAGCCCUGGGCACACACAGGGACACCCCCAUGCCUACUCAAAGCAGCAGAUGCAGAAAAAUCUAGAAGAUGGAUGUCUUCAUACCACAGACUAUUGCUAGGAAUUUUUUUGUUGUUUGUAAAGGACAAUGUGAUAAUUAUUAUUCCUUUAAAAAGAAAAAAAAAAAGAAAUGAUACUUAAAUAUAUUUAAAAAAUGUUUUUUCCAGUUGGAAUAAAUGGAAAUAUUCAUCCAAA